AUGGGGACUGUCGUCGACGCCGAAGAGGCAAGGAAUCUGUCGCUUUUCCGACCCCUAGGUGCUUCCUACUACACUAGCUCGGUCGCCGUACGUCCGGUCCAUUAUGAAGAACUUGUCAACCGCGGCUGGAGAAGGUCAGGAACGCUCUACUACAAACAGAACCUGCAGAGAUCAUGCUGCCCGCACUAUACGAUGAGGUUGGAAGCUUCAGCCUUCAAACCCAGGAAGGACCAGCGGAAGGCAAUCAAUCGCUGGAACAAGUUCAUCUUGGGUCCUGAGUAUAUCCGCAGGGCGGCGUACCUGUGUCCCAAGAGUCGAGGAGAAAAGAAACACCGGAAGCAAAACUUCGAUGUUUUGGAUGUCGUGCAUGAAGCUGAAUACAGCAACGUGAAACGACCUCUUGAUCCCAAAACCAAGAAACUUCUAGAGCCUGCUCAUCGGUUCGAAGUCAACAUCGAGGGCGAUUCCAUAUCGCAGGCCAAGUUCGACCUCUUUCUCAAGUAUCAAACCACGGUCCACAAGGAAGAUGUGUCUAAAUGGCAAACCAAGGACUUCAAGCGCUUCCUUUGUUCAGGUAUCAAGCGAUCUCCGGCCAACCCGCAGUCCUCGGAGAAGAAGCUAGGAUCGUACCAUCAGUGCUAUCGAUUGGAUGGCAAGCUCAUCGCCGUGGCUGUCUUGGACUUGAUGCCGAAUGGCAUUAGCUCUGUCUAUAUUUUCUACGACCCGGCGUACGAGCAAUGGGAAUUCGGAAAACUCAGCGCGCUCAGAGAAAUCUCCCUGGCCAGUGAAGGUGAUUACAAGUAUUACUACAUGGGUUACUACAUCCACUCCUGCCAGAAGAUGCGCUACAAGGGCUCCUUCAAACCCCAAUACAUUCUCGACCCAGAAAGCCAAACCUGGGACCCUCUCGACGGCGAACUCUCCCAGAAGCUCGACAAGCGCCCAUACGUCUCCCUCUCGCAUGAUCGACAACUCGAAGCCGCCGCUCCAGACACCACCGAUGCCGACGCUGCCGACGCCGAAAUCAACGACGAAGACGCCUCCCUUUUCGACCUGCACAUGCCCGGCGUCUUGACUCUGGAACAAGUCAAAGCUCUGGAUCUCGAUCACUGGUUACUCCUGGUUCAUGGGACGUUUGUGCAUAUGAUUGACCUCGUCGGAUGGGAAGACAUGCCGAUGGACAACCCGCAGUCCGUGAAGGGCAUUAUUGCGGAGUUGGCGGCCGUGUUGGGACCCGAAUCAAGGUAUCGAUCUAUCUUCCGGUUCUACGUGUCCGGAAAGGUCGAUGCGCCGGAGGACCACACAAACGUGAAUUUGUUGGCGCUGCGACGUAACGUGACGAUUAAGGGUAUCGUCAAUGGCCCGAAGGACCGAUUGGAGGAGAUGGUGGGCUUCUAUGACAAGCAUCAGAUCAAGCCUGUUGUGAACCGGGUAUUCGGGUUCAAGGAGGCAGAUCAGACUUUCAAGUUUUCGGCUAGGUAG